CCUUCACCAAUUCCCAUUCAACAUCAAUCAAAAUUACACACAUUUAGCUACCCUUACUUUCUAUGGCUUCCAACAAACUCCUGGCCACCAUUUUGGUGCUUUCUCUCCUCUCUUACUCAACAUUCACUCAUGCCAAUUGCCCACCACCCACUCCAUCUCCAAAGCCCACACCACCAACUCCAAUACCAACACCACCCACACCAAAGCCCACACCACCCACUCCAAAGCCCACACCACCAACUCCUAAGCCCACACCACCCACACCAAAUCCCACACCACCUACUCCAAAGCCUAGUUGUCCUCCUCCUUCUCCUCCUUCACCACCAUCAAACAAAGCCUCAUGCCCCAAGGACACAUUAAAGCUAGGUGCUUGUGCUGAUCUCUUAGGACUUGUUAACAUUAUUGUUGGAACUCCUCCUUCGAGCCAGUGUUGUGCAUUGAUCAAGGGUUUGGCGGAUUUGGAAGCUGCACUUUGCCUAUGCACCGCAAUUAAGAGCAAUGUGCUUGGAAUCAACUUGAACGUACCUGUGACGCUCAGCGUGAUCCUUAGUGCUUGUCAAAAGACUGUCCCUCCUGGUUUCCAAUGUCCCUCCUGAGAUAAUCAAAUUAGGUUCAUGAGAUAUCUCUCGUCAUCAGAGAAAUGUUUAGAUAUGCACUUAACAUGAAAUUGAUUGACUGCCUAUGUAAGCAUUUCUUUGGCAAUUUGCAGAGUGUUAUAUAUGUUUUUUUUUAUGUAUUACUGUAGUUGUUGUUUUUUUGUUGGGGGUUUAUAUCGUUGUUAAUGCUAGUGCACGUACAUGUUCUAAAUAAUGUUGUAUUGUUUUGCUUCGUUAAAUUAUGAAUUGGGCAAGCUUGUUUGCCUUAAUUUGUCUUCUAGCUUGUAUGUAUCAUGAAAUAUUGUCUAAUUUUAUCAUUAUGUCCAUAUUCGUGGUGAAAA